UGCCUGCCUGCCAGCCAACCUGCUCGCCCACCUGCCUGCCCACCCGCCCUCCAACCUGCAGUCGCUAGCAGCUAGGUCUCCAGCGUGAGUGGAGCUGCUACAACCUGCCUGCCAUACAGCCAGUCGACCAACCUGUCAGCAGCCUCCAGCCUGCAGACCCUGCCAACCCACCUGCCUGUUGCCUCCCCUCACAGCACCAUGUGGGCACCAUCAGCCAAAGUCAGUAAAAAGGAGCUUAAUGCCAACCAUGAGGGUGCUGGCAAGACCUCAGAAAAAGAGCAGCAAGAAGCAAUUGAACACAUUAUUGAUGAAGUACAAAAUGAAAUAGACAGACUUAAUGAACAAGCUAGUGAGGAAAUUUUGAAAAUAGAACAGAAAUAUAACAAACUCCGCCAACCAUUUUUAAAGAAGAGGUCAGAAUUGGUCACCAGAAUCCCAAAUUUUUGGGUAACAACAUUUGUCAACCAUCCACAAGUAUCUGCACUGCUUGGGGAAGAGGAUGAAGAGGUGCUGUAUUAUUUGGCAAGAGUUGAAGUGACAGAAUUUGAGGAUAUUAAGUCAGGUUAUAGAAUCGAUUUUUAUUUUGAUGAAAAUCCUUACUUCAAAAAUAAAGUCCUCUUCAAAGAAUUUUAUCUGAAUGAAAAUGGUGAUCCAUGUUCAAAGGCUAGUGAAAUCAAGUGGAAAUCUGGAAGGGAUUUGACGAAACGUUCUGGUCAAACGCAGAAUAAAGCCAGCAGAAAGAGACAGCACGAGGAACCAGAGAGCUUCUUUACCUGGUUCACUGACCAUUCUGACGCAGGUGCAGAUGAGUUAGGGGAAAUCAUCAAAGAUGAUAUUUGGCCAAAUCCAUUACCGUACUACUUGGUUCCUGAUAUGGAUGAAGAAGAAGGAGAAGAUGAUGAUGACCAAGGAUUGGAAGAUACUGAUGAAGGGAAUGAGGAUGAAGAAGACGAUGAGGGAGAGGAAGGAGAAGAUGACUAAUGGAACACAUGGAUUCCAACUUAACUUUCCAAAUUCAUAGGUUGAAGUCUGUCCCCUCUCUCCCCAUUGUGCUCAGUUUCUCUAUUUUUGAAGUCUCUUUACUCCUUUAUACCAUGGUUCUUAAUUGGGGUGUGGUGGCGCAGAAUAUAGUUGGGAAAGAAUCUCUACCCCUAUCUGUUCUAAAUUCAUUUUCAUCCUGUCUCAGCAAAAUCUUUAAGUAAUAAGCUCUGGGGUGGGGGUGGGGGAAAUCCUAAACUGUUUGGAAGUUGCAGUAUGCAACUUCUUUUUCUAUGUAUUGGACUCAGAUCACACUGUUGCUGUGUGAAUAUGGACAGUUAGCAUUUACCAACAUGUACCUGUCUAGUUUCAAAGAAAAAUAUCUUAAAAAAUGGAAUUAUAGAAGGUCAGCAAAGGGCUGUUUUGCGAUAUCAGAGUGGGUUAAGUGGGCAUUUUGACAACAUGGCUGUUCCUUUGGCAUGUUUAAUUGUGAUGUUUUAGCAGAUACCAUUGUGGUUUAAGAUGAUACUUUUUUAAAAGAAAAUUGUCCCGAUGAUUUUAGCCUUACCCCUCAAUGGGAGAAGCAGAAGAACCUGUAGGAUUGUAUUUGGAUUGACAUUCUUUGUUAUAAUUUUGUUCUUGCUUAUUUUUUUAAUUUUUUUUC